AUGCUCUCCAUUUUCAACAUCUGGGGCACGUUCAGCAACGUGCUCUUCUACCUCAGCCUCGUUGUCAGUCUGGCAGGGCUGGGGGGCAACGCCCUGCUGCUCUGGCACCUCGGUCUGCACAUCAAGAAGGGCCCCUUCAACAUCUACCUGCUGCACCUAGCAGCCGCCGAUUUCCUCUUCCUCUCCUGCCAGGUUGGCUUCUCUAUCGCCGAGAUGGUGCUGGGCCAUGCGACCACGCUGCGCUUCCCCAUCGUCUUCCUGUGGUUUGCCGUGGGGCUCUGGCUGCUGGCUGCCUUCACUGUGGACUGCUGCCUCACCUACAUGCUCCCCUCGUUUUGCAGCCCCAACUGCCGCCCUAGGUACACCUCAUUUGUGCUCUGCCUCCUGAUCUGGGCACUGACCAUGCCAGCCGUGCUGCUGCCGGCCAACGCCUGUGGCCUGCUGUACAAUGGGAUGAGCCUGCUGGGCUGCUUCAAGUACCACUGGAUCAGUAUUGUCUGGCUAGGGGUGCUAGUGAGCAUGGCCUGUGGGGCAGCCAUGGUUAUCCUAAUCUGUGGGAACUGCUGCUCUUUGCAGCCGCCCCCCAAGUUCUGCAAACUGGCCCAGUGCUCCGGCAUCCUGCUGUUCUUCUGUCGCGUGCCCAUGAUUGUAUACUGGAGCCUGCGGCCGGUCAUAAAAUUCCUGCUCCCCUUCUUCUUGCCGUUGGCCACUCUCCUGGCUUGCAUUGACAGCAGCGCAAAGCCCCUCUUGUACUACAUGAAGGGCAGGCAGCUCGGGAAAAGAGAGCCUCCGCGGGUAGUCUUAAACAGGGCUCUGGGGGAAGAGCCCCAGUCAAGUCUUGGGGCUCUAUCUCUGCCCAUGAGCCAAGUGUAG